UCUGGGGCUACAAAAGCCUCCUGCCGACUCGGGUCCCUCCUCAGAGGCAGCCGCUGGGCUUCUCCCCUUCCUCCGCACCAUGGGGGUCGGCCACAGGGAGGUGGCUACUCUCUGGGCCCUGGCCCUGGCCCUGGCCUGCGCCCAGCACCCAGGCGGGGCCCUGCACAGACCCUCGGAGCCUGGCGAGGGGCAGCGCCCAGUCCCUACCAUCCCCUGGGCACCCAGCGGCGUCCCACUCCUCGGGGCGACCGUCCUCCCGCCUCUGAAGACGGCUGCCGUGGUUCGAGCCCUGAACCCGGCCCACAACGGGCGGGUCUGCAGCACCUGGGGCGACUUCCACUACAAGACCUUCGACGGCGACGUCUUCCGCUUCCCCGGCCGCUGCAACUACGUCUUCUCCGCGCACUGCGGGGCCGCCUACGAGGACUUCAACCUGCAGCUCCGCCGCGGCGGGGAGUCCAGCGCCACCACGCUGAGCAAGGUCACCAUGAAGCUCAACGGCGUGGUCCUCGAGCUGACCAAGGGCUCCGUCCUGGUCAAUGGCCGCCCGACCCAGCUGCCCUUCAGCCAGUCCGGCGUCCUCCUGGAGCAGAGCGCCAACUACCUGAAGGUGUCCGCCAGGCUGGGCCUGGUCUUCAUGUGGAACCAGGACGACAGCCUCCUGCUCGAGCUGGACCCCAAGUUCGCCAACCAGACCUGCGGGCUCUGCGGGGACUUCAACGGCGUCCCUGUCUUCAAUGAGCUCAUCUCCCACGGCGUCAGGCUGAGCCCCGUGGAGUUCGGGAGCCUGCAGAAGAUGGACGGCCCCACGGAGCAGUGUCAGGACCCCGUCCCCGACCCGGAGCCCACGACGGGCUGCUCCAUUGGCCUGGGCCUCUGCGAGGAGCUGCUGCUCGGCGAGCGGUUCCUGGGCUGCCGCCCCCUGGUGGACGCCAGCAGCUACGUGCAGGCCUGCCAGCAGGACCUCUGCCUCUGCCGCGAAGCCGCCGACCUCGCCAGCUGCGCCUGCCACACGCUCGCCGAGUACUCCCGCCAGUGCGCCCACGCCGGGGGGCUGCCCCUGGACUGGCGGGGCCCGGGCCUCUGCCCCCAGACGUGCCCCCUCAACAUGCAGUACCGAGAGUGCGGCUCGCCCUGCGCCGACACCUGCUCCAACCUGGAGCACUCCCAGGCCUGCGAGGACCACUGCGUGGCCGGCUGCUUCUGCCCCGAGGGGAUGGUGCUUGACGACAUCAGCCAGACGGGCUGCGUCCCCGUGUCCCAGUGUCCCUGUACGCACAACGGCGCCACCUACGCCCCGGGGGCCGUCUACUCCACAGACUGCAGCACCUGCACCUGCUCUGGAGGCCGGUGGAGCUGCCGGGAGGUUCCGUGCCCCGGCACCUGCUCGGUGCUGGGAGGCGCCCACUUCUCCACGUUCGACGAGAAGCCCUACACGGUGCACGGGGACUGCAGCUACGUGCUGGCCAAGCCCUGCAACGGCAGCGCCUUCACCGUGCUGGCCGAGCUGCGCAGGUGCGGGCUGACCGACAGCGAGACCUGCCUGAGGAGCCUGACCCUGAGCCUGGGCGCGGGGCGGACGGUCGUCACGGUCCAGGCCGGCGGGGAGGUGUUUGUGGACCAGGUCUACGCGCAGCUGCCCAUCUCGACAGCCAACAUCACGGUCUUCAGACCCUCGACCUUCUUCAUCAUCGCCCAGACCAACCUGGGCCUGCAGGUGGAGGUGCAGCUGGUGCCCACCAUGCAGGUCUUUCUGAGGCUGGCGCCUGAGCUCCGGGGGCUGACCUGCGGUCUCUGCGGGAACUUCAACCAGAACCAGGCCGACGACUUCCGGACCCUCAGUGGUGUGGUGGAGGGCACGGCCGCCGCCUUCGCCAACACCUGGAAGACGCAGGCCGCCUGCCCCAACGUCCGGAACAGCUUCGAGGACCCCUGCGCCCUCAGCGUGGAGAACGAGAAGUACGCGCAGCACUGGUGCUCUCGGCUGACCGACCCGCAAGGCCCCUUCGCCCGGUGCCACGCCGCCGUGAGCCCGGGCACCUACUACUCGAACUGCCUGUUCGACACCUGCAACUGCGAGAGGAGCGAGGACUGCCUGUGCGCCGCCCUGGCCUCCUACGUCCACGCCUGUGCCGCCCGGGGAGUGCUGCUCAGCGGCUGGAGGGCCGGCGUCUGCACGAAGCCCAUGGAAAACUGUCCCAAGUCGAUGACCUACCAGGAGCACAUCAGCACCUGCCAGCCCACCUGCCGGGCCCUGAGCAACGAGGACCCCACCUGUGGCAUAAGCUUCGUGCCCGUGGACGGCUGCACCUGCCCCCACGGCACCUUCCUGGACGACAAGGGCAAGUGUGUGCCAGCUGCCAGCUGUCCCUGCUACCUCGGCGCCUCGGUGAUCCCCAGCGGGGAGUCUGUGCACCAGCAAGGGGCUGUCUGCACCUGCACUAAGGGCACACUGACCUGCAUCGGGGGCCACACCCCUGACCCAGUCUGCUCCCCACCCAUGGUCUACGCCGACUGCCGCAACGCCUCGGCCGGCGCCACCGGGGCCGGCUGCCAGAAGAGCUGCCACACCCUGGACAUGGACUGUUACAGCCCCCAGUGCGUGCCCGGCUGCGUGUGUCCCGACGGGCUGGUGGCCGACGGCGAGGGUGGCUGCAUCGCUGCGGCCGACUGCCCCUGCGUGCACAACGAGGCCAGCUACCGGGCCGGCCAGACCAUCCGGGUGGGCUGCAACACCUGCACCUGUCAGGACCGGAUGUGGCAGUGCACGGACGAGCCCUGCCUGGCCACCUGCGCCGUGUACGGGGACGGCCACUACCUCACCUUCGACGGGCAGCGCUACAGCUUCAGCGGGAACUGCGAGUACACGCUGGUGCAGGACCACUGUGGCGGGAACGACAGCUCCCAGGACGCCUUCCGCGUUGUCACCGAGAACGUCCCCUGCGGCACCACGGGGACCACCUGCUCCAAGGCCAUCAAGAUCUUCCUGGGGAGCUACGAGCUGAAGCUGAGCGAGGGGAAAGUGGAGGUGAUCCAGAAGGCCUCGGGCCAGGAGGCGCCCUACGCCAUCCGCCAGGUGGGCAUCUACCUGGUGGUGGACACCGAGGCCGGCCUGGUGCUGCUGUGGGACAAGAAGACCAGCAUCUUCCUCAGACUCAGCCCCGAGUUCAAGGGGAGGGUCUGCGGGCUGUGCGGGAACUUCGACGACAACGCCCUCAACGACUUCACCACGCGGAGCCAGUCCGUGGCGGGCGACGCCCUGGAGUUCGGCAACAGCUGGAAGUUCUCCCCGUCCUGCCCGGACGCCCCGGCGCCCAGGGACCCCUGCACCGCCAACCCCUACCGCAAGUCCUGGGCGCAGAAGCAGUGCAGCGUCCUCAACGGCGCCGUCUUCCAGGCCUGCCACGCCCACGUCGACCCCACCAAGUACUACGAGGCCUGCGUGAGCGACGCGUGCGCCUGCGACUCGGGCGGCGACUGCGAGUGCUUCUGCACGGCCGUGGCCGCCUACGCCCAGGCCUGCCGCGAGGUGGGCGUGUGCGUGUCCUGGCGCACCCCGGACGUCUGCCCCCUGUUCUGCGACUACUACAACCCCGAGGGCCAGUGCGAGUGGCACUACCAGCCCUGCGGGGCGCCCUGCCUGCGCACCUGCCGGAACCCCAGUGGACGCUGCCUGCACGACACCCAGGGCCUGGAAGGCUGCUAUCCCAGGUGCCCCGCGGAGGCCCCCAUCUUCGAUGAGGACAACAUGCAGUGUGUGGCCGCGUGCCCGUCCCCACCCCCGCCGCCGCCCUGCCAGGUCCAGGGCAAGUCGUACCGGCCGGGCGCGGCGGUGCCCUCGGACAAGAACUGCUACUCCUGCGUCUGCACCGAGAGCGGCGUGCGGUGCACCUACGACGCCGAGGCCUGUGUCUGCACCUAUGGCGGGCGCCACUUCCGUCCGGGGGACGUCAUCUACCACACGACGGACGGCACGGGGGGCUGCAUCUCCGCCCGCUGCGGGGCCAACGACACCAUCGAGAGGAGAGUCCACCCCUGCGGCCCCAGCACCCCCGCCCCCACCACCACCUUCUCCUUCUCCACGCCGCCCACUGCCACGAGCUCCCCAGGCCAGCCUGGCACGCGCCCCGGCCCCGCCACGAGCCCGGUGCCCACAGGCACUCCGAGCAGAGCCCCGCCCACGGCCCCAGGCACGUCCCCCAGGCCGCAGCCCUCGGCGGCCUCUGUCAGCCCCCACCCCAGCUGCGGGGAGGACUGCCAGUGGUCACCAUGGCUGGACGUCAGCCGACCCGGACGGGGCAUCGACAGCGGGGACUUCGACACGCUGGACAACCUGCGGGCCCACGGGUACCCCGUCUGCCGAGCGCCGAAGGCGGUGGAGUGCCGCGCGGAGGACGCCCCCGAGGCGUCGCUCCGGGCCCCGGGGCCCCGCGUGGAGUGCACGCCGACGGUGGGGCUGACCUGCUACAACAGGGACCAGGUUUCAGGGCUCUGCAGCAACUACCAGAUCAGGGUCUUGUGCUGCACCCCCCGGGCCUGCCCCACCUCCAGCGACCCGGCCCCCAGCACCCCCACACCUGCGAGAAUGACCCCCUCCACCCCCAGCACAGUGCCCGCUUCCGCAGCCGCUAGGACGCCACCCUCGGGCUCCAGCGUCCCGCCGGAGCCCAGCCAGAUCGCCUGCAUGCAGGAGUUCUGCAGCUGGACUGGCUGGAUCGAUGGCAGCUACCCCGAGGCCAGUAUUGAGGGUGGAGAUUUCGACACCUUUCAGAACCUGAGAUCCAAGGGCUAUAAGUUCUGUGAGAGGCCCCGCCGGGUGGAGUGCCGGGCAGUGAGCUUCCCGCGCACACCGCUGGCAGACCUGGGGCAGGUCGUGCUCUGCAACAGCAGCGUGGGCCUGGUGUGCCGGAACCGCGACCAGCUGCCCCCCAUCUGCUACAACUACGAGAUCCGCAUCCAGUGCUGCCAGUGGGUGGACGUGUGCAGAGAAACGACCACCCCGCUGACCUCAGAGGCCACGCGCUCGACUCCACACGAAGCCAGAACCCGGUCAGAGGCCCCUCCGACCACGGGAACUCGGGGGGCCUCCACACAGCACAGGAGUGCCAGCUCAGCAGCCACAGUCACCGCCAGCACACACGUCACAGCACCCGGGGCCACCUCCUGCCAGCCACGGUGCAGGUGGACCAAGUGGUUCGACGUGGACUACCCGUCCCCAGGGCCCCACGGAGGGGACCUGGAAACCUACAGCAACAUCGUCAGCAGUGGGGAGAGGAUCUGCCGCAGGCCAGAGGACGUCACUCAGCUGCAGUGCCGCGCCGAGAACCACCCCGAGGUCAGCAUCGAGAGUGUGGGCCAGGUGGUGCGGUGCAGCCCCGACGUGGGCCUGGUGUGCCGCAACCGGGACCAGGAGGGCCCCUUCCAGAUGUGCCUCAACUACGAGAUCCGCGUGCUGUGCUGUGAGCCCCGAGAAGGCUGCCCCACCUACCAACCAGUCACGGUGCCGAGCACCCCAAGUGUGAGCGUGUCUAGUACAACUGAGACCACUUCCCACGUGGUCACAACCAGGACAACCCCUGUGCCAGAAACCAGCACAACCCCUGUGCCAGGACCCAGGACAACCCCUGUGCCAGAACCCAGGACAACCCCUGUGCCAGAAACCACCACAACCCCUGUGCCAGAAACCAGCACAACCCCUGUGCCCGAACCCAGGACAACCCCUGUGCCCGAACCCAGGACAACCCCUGUGCCCCAAACCACCACAACCUCUGUACCAGGACCCAGGACAACACCUGUGCCAGAAACCACCACAACCCCUGUGCCAGAACCUAAGACAAGACCUGUGCCAGAAACCACCACAACCCCUGUGCCACAACCCAGGACAACCCCUGUGCCAGAACCCAGGACAACCCCUGUGCCAGAAACCACCACAACCCCUGUGCCAGAACCUAAGACAAGACCUGUGCCAGAAACCACCACAACCCCUGUGCCAGGACCCAGGACAACCUCGGCUCCUGCACCCGCUACCACCCACUCCACACCUGGGACCACCUCCUGCCAGCCACGGUGCAGGUGGACCAAGUGGUUCGACGUGGACUACCCGUCCCCAGGGCCCCACGGAGGGGACCUGGAAACCUACAGCAACAUCGUCAGGAGUGGGGAGAGGGUCUGCCGCAGGCCAGAGGACGUCACUCAGCUGGAGUGCCGCGCCGAGAACCACCCCGAGGUCAGCAUCCAGAGUGUGGGCCAGGUGGUGCGGUGCAGCCCCGACGUGGGCCUGGUGUGCCGCAACCGGGACCAGGGGGGCCCCUUCCAGAUGUGCCUCAACUACGAGAUCCGCGUGCUGUGCUGUGAGCCCCGAGAAGGCUGCCCUGUGACCUCUGUGACCCCCUAUACGACUUCACCUGUGACGUCCCUGCGCACCUCGGAGCGGACCCCCAGGGUCCCUGCAGUGACCACCCUCAGUUCGCCGGCUCCACCCCCCACUACGUGCUACUGCAGCGUGUCCGACAAGCUCUACCCUGCCGGGUCCAUUAUAUACCAGGAGGCCGACCUCGCUGGCCACUGCUACUACGCUGUGUGCAGCCUGGACUGCCACCUGGUGCGGCAGACUGACCACGCCUGCCCCACCAGCGCAGCGCCGCUCACGCCCACGCCGCAGCCGGCGACCUCGACGCCUGGCUCCUCCCCUUCGGCCCCCGUGCCUGUCACCACACACGGAUGUCCCAGUGCAGUCCCCCCAAGAACGAGAGGGGAGACCUGGGCCAUGCCCAACUGCUCUCAGGCCACCUGCGAGGGCAACAACGUCAUCACCGUGCAGCCGCGCCCGUGCCCUCAGGUGCAGGAGCCCACCUGCGCCAACGGCUACCCUGCCCUGAAGGUGGCGGAUGAGGACGGCUGCUGCCAGCACUACCAGUGCCAGUGCGUGUGCAGCGGCUGGGGCGACCCGCACUACAUCACCUUUGACGGCACCUACUACACCUUCCUGGACAACUGCACCUACGUGCUGGUGCAGCAGAUCGUGCCCGUGUACGGCCACUUCCGCGUGCUCAUCGACAACUACUUCUGCGACUCCGAGGACGGGCUGUCCUGCCCGCAGUCCAUCAUCGUCGAGUACCGGCAGGACCGCGUCGUGCUGACCCGCAGGCCCGUCCGCGGGGUGAUGACCAAUGAGAUCAUCUUCAACGGCAAGGUGGUCCCGCCGGGCUUCGGGAGGGGCGGCAUCGCGGUGUCCCAGAUCGGCAUCAAGAUGUACGUGAGCAUCCGGGAGAUCGGCGUCCAGGUCAUGUUCAGCGGCCUGAUCUUCUCCGUGGAGGUGCCCUUCAGCAAGUUCGCCAACAACACCGAGGGGCAGUGCGGCACCUGCACGGACAACCCAAAGGACGAGUGCCGUCUCCCCGGGGGGGCGGUGGUGGCCUCCUGCUCCGACAUGUCCUGGCACUGGAAGGUGACCAACCCCGACCAGCCGUCCUGCCUCGGGCCGCCCCCGACGCCCCCCGCAGGCGGGCCCACGACCCCGCCCGCCCCCUGUCCGCCCUCGCCCGUGUGCCAGCUGAUUCUGAGCGACGUCUUCGAGCCGUGCCACGCCGCCAUCCCCCCGAGGCCGUACUACGAAGGCUGUGAGUUCGACCAGUGCCACAUGACCGAGCGGGACGUGGCGUGCUCCGGCCUGGAGCUGUACGCCUCGCUGUGCGCGGCCCAGGGCGUGUGCAUCGACUGGAGGGGCCGGACCAACCACACCUGCCCCUUCACCUGCCCUGCCGACAAGGAGUACCGGCCCUGCGGCCCCUCCAACCCCUCCUACUGCUACGGGGGCGGCGGCAGCGCCAGCCUCGUGGCCCUCCAGGACAUCAGCCCCAUCACGGAAGGCUGCUUCUGCCCGGAGGACAUGAUGCUUUUCAGCGCAAGCACGGAAGUCUGCGUGCCUGCAGGCUGCCCCAGGUGCCUGGGGCCCAGAGGGGAGCCUGUGGAGGUGGGCCGCACGGUCACCUUCGACUGCCAGGAGUGCACCUGCGAGAGUGGCACCUGGAUCCUGAGCUGCCGGCGCCAGCCCUGCCCCCUGCCCCCCGCCUGCCCGGAGCCCGGCUUUGUGCCUGUGCCCGCGGCCCCCCAGGCCGGCCAGUGCUGCCCCCAGUACACCUGCGCGUGCAACGCCAGCCACUGCCCCCCGCUCGCGGGCUGCCCCGAGGGCGCCCUCCAGACCGUGCACCGUGAGGACGGGGCCUGCUGCCCGAGCCAGAAAUGCGGCUGGACCGUCUGCAGCGUGAACGGCACCUUGUACCAGCCCGGCGCCGUGGUCUCCUCAAGCCUCUGCCAGACCUGCCGCUGCGAGGUGCCCAGCGGGCCCCCGGCGGACGCCUUCACGAUCAGCUGUGAGACGGAGACCUGCAGCACCCACUGCCCCAUGGGCUUCGAGUACCGGGCGCAGAGCGGGCGCUGCUGCGGGUCCUGCGUGCAGGUGGCCUGCGUCAUGAACGCCAGCGACGGCUCUGCCCACCUCUUCCACGCCGGUGAGUCCUGGUCGGACUCCGGGAACCGCUGUGUGACCCACCAGUGUGACAAGCACCAGGACGGGCUCGUGGUGGUGACCACGAAGAAGACAUGCCCCUCGCUCACCUGCCCGGCGGACCAGGCUCGGCUGAGUGAGGAUGGCUGCUGCCGCUUCUGUCCUGAACCCCAAAUCCAGAACAGGUCGACCUGUGCUGUCUACCACAAGUCGGAGGUCAUCCGCGUGCAGGGCUGCAGCUCCGAGGGGCCUGUGCUCCUGGCCUACUGCAAGGGCAACUGCGGGGACACCACCUCCGUGUUCUCCCUGGCGGCCGGCGUGAUGGAACGCAGCUGCGGCUGCUGCCGGGAGCUGCGGGCCUCGACCCGGAACGUGACCCUGCGCUGCGAGGACGGCUCCCGCUGGGCCUUCAGCUACACCCAGGUGGAGGAGUGCGGCUGCGCCGGCCUGCAGUGCGACCCCCGCGGCGGCGGGGACUUCGGCCAGGGCCGCACCGAGGGGCCCCCGCGGAGCCAGGACACCGCUCGCCGGCGCUGGGGCCGCAGGGCCCGGGCCUCGCCCACAGCCUGAUGGGCCGCCCCUCCCGACAGACCCCCCUUCGUCCCUGUUCACCGAGGUCCAGCCUCCCAGGCAGCAGCCUGAGCCGCGGGCUGGGGGUCCGAGCCCCGAUGCACCGUCCAGCCCCCUUCCCUGUCCGGCGCCCGGGUGGGUGGGCAGGGGCUCCUUUGGCCGCGGGUCCAGCCACGCCCCCCCAGACGUCAGUGUCGCGUGGGGCCCCGUCCGUGCCGGUCACCUGGACCCGCCAUCGGCUGCUGGCCAGCUGCCGGGAGGCAGAGCCCCACCUCGGCUCCGCCUGGGCCUCGGGAGCGGCCAGCGUUCCGGAAAUACACGUGCAGCAUUUUGCAA